CUAGGUCUUUGAUGAUCCUUUCAAUGCAAAUCCAUACUCACAAUUCAGAAAAGCAAAUUUAGCAAUGGCUGAGGCGGAGGCAACGAGUGAAACUGGAAUCCCUGUUUGGGAGGACGGUGUUGACGAGAUAACCGUGUUGUACAGAAUUUCUAAGGAUGAUGUGCGGUUGAAGACAGACGAGUGCUGGCCUGCAUUUGAUAGGACUUUCCCAAAAAGAAUAGCUAAAGUUUAUAACAACCCUCAUCCGAGAUUUUUUUCGCCCCAAUUUCCCCGACUCAAGAACAUUUACGAGAUCGACACCGAGAAGCUUUCUGAUGAAUUUGGUGAGCCUACGGAGAAAACAUGGCACUUUAUCACUUUACACUCAAAUGGUUUCUUCAAGUUACCAACUUUGAAACUUGUUGGAGGCAUUGGAUACUGGAAGGUCCUAAGAGAAACUGAUGGGCUGAAGUAUUUCCGAUACUACCGGGGGGGAUAUCCGGACGGCGUAGAGACUGAUUGGUUGAUGGAUAUGGAGAAACUUCCUGCACCUCCGCGGAUUGAUACUUAUGUCAAGUGUACGAUACGAGUGUUGGGAUCCCAAAUCUUAACUUCACGAAGUGGGAAAGUCCCAGUUUUUUCCCAACAGCGAGAAGGCUGUUCUGGCUGUAACUGCAAAUUUUGUACUUCCUUCAAACAGAGUUCUUGAAGGAGGAGUUCACAUUUUUCAAUAUGUAAGUUUGUGAAUUGUUUGGUGAUAAUACGAUAUAAUGCACUCUUGCUUUUUUCUGGGGAUGUUCAUGCUUAAGUAUAUAUGUAUCGUAAGUUAUAACAUCUUUGUACCUACAUGUUUAAGCCCCG